AUGAACAAUGGACACCACCUCCAUCAUCCGUCGUCACGUCCCCAACAUCACCACAACGCUCACUCCCUUCACAAACACACAAACGGGUACAAAACGGACAAAAAGCCGUUGGAAACUACAGUAAUCGAAGAGGAUCCGUACGCGAACCUCUCUGAAUACUAUGCUAAUCAUGUGGCUGCUAGAAAUGAAUCGUCCGUGCCUCCAGAAUCCGACAACGACGACAAUGCCACAACAUCAUCACAAGAAGUUAAAAAAGAAGAGGAGGACGAUGGUCUUCCUGAAGAAUAUCCAGGCGAUCCAGUCCGUCUAAAAGACCUCGAACCUUUCAUUAAACCAUCACUGAGAGAUGACACACCGCUAGCCAAUAUUUUGCAUCCCGAUUUAGAUGGUAUUGAUCCGAGAAUAUUUUUCAAAGACUUCAAACCCAACAAAACGCUUCGUUUCUCCCGACUCUUCGCUCAAAACAUCAAAAAAUCGUCGCGCGCGGAAAUCUGGUGGGCGUCUCGAACGUUCGCAAAACACAACGAACGUCGAAAUCGAGAACGAGAAGAAUCAGAAGACGUCAUGGAGACGACGUCGGACGGAUCGAAACGGCUGAAGUUGAACAUCAUCGAGAAGGUUCCAGGCAUUCUUUUGGCUCCAGAUGAGGAAGCGAUAAUGCGUCUUCCGAUUCUGACGGAAGAUGAGGAAAUGGCGAAAAAGAAUGAAGAGGGCACGGUAGUACAGCCAUGGAGAGUAGGUCCAGCCAAGAUUUGGUACGAUAUGAUGAAUUUGCCAUCGACGAGUCAGGCGGUGAAUUAUGGUUUUAAGAUUAAGAAAACGCCCGUAAAACCGAAUCAAUAUCAUCGAAAACUGAACUUCAUACAUGCAGAAGACCCAUCAACGUCUUCUGGACAUUCAGUUGAGAAGAAGGUGGAAGUAAUUGAUAAAAGUUGUGAAGCGACCACUUCUGAAGACGUUCUGCAACCGUUUGAAGUGAUAGAAUGGGAAAAAGAUGUGAUAAUGGAUGGAGAGGAAGUGAAGGAUCAGUUAUUAGAGGAGUUUUCAAAUGGAAGGGGUUGCGGGUGGAUAGCUACACAGUAUACGAGGACUUAUGAGCAUUUUGUUUAUGCUGCUGGAAACAACGCAUUCGAACAAAUGUUUGAUGGGAAAUCCGCCCCUAUCAACCUCUCUGGACCCGAUUCUCUGAUUCUUCCUGGCCCGAAUCGAUCGAUUUUCCCAUCCACCCCAUCGGAUCUAGACGUUCUUCCAUGGGAGGAAAACGUGAUUUGGGAUGCGGACAACAUGGCUCAAGCACUUGAACCCAUAGACUUCCUUGUUGAUUUCCAAGACGAUCCACUGAUCUACGGGAUGCCAGAAGAUCGUCGAGACGAGGAUCAUCAUCAUCAUCGUCAAGACAGUCACAGAAAAGAUGGAUACACGAAGAAAUCGAAAAUGAUUCUGGGACAAGUACAACAGCGGCAGAAACAAGAGGAAGAUGAACAAAUGGAGAGUACGAUGGGACAAUUCACGGAUAACGAUCCCUUCAAUUUGUCCAACGACGACUACUACGUUCCGAAAGCCACGUCGAAGACGUUGUCGACGAAUUCGCUUCUGAUUCAACACUCGACACCGGCCACGAACAUCGCCACGCAGUUCUUCCCGACACAUCCAUCGUCAUUCCGAUUGAGAUUCUGGCAUAGGACGCCGUUUACGAGACGAAUUGUCAGACACUGGAGUCCGAAUCGAUUAGUUCCGAUUCAUACACCGGCUCGACAUCAACAACGCGUCGCUGCUCAACGUGAAGCGAUGCGUCAAUCGCAUGGAGGUGGAGAAGUGUUCUAUAUGAAAGAGAUUCAAGAUCUAAGUGGACGAGAUGAGAAACUCGUAAUGAUUGAGUACUGUGAAGAACAUCCUGUCCUCUUGGGACAACCCGGAAUGGCAUCGAAAAUAAAGAAUUACUUCAAGCGACGACAGGCAAACGACACAGAACCAACGUUCGAGUACGGAGAGAUAGCGUUCUCUCAUCAAAUUCCAUUCCUCGGACAACUCCAACCAGGCCAAUCUCUUCAAUCCAUUGAGAAUAGCCUUUAUCGAGCUCCAAUCUUCAUGCACAAACGUACUCGUACGGAUUUCCUUCUGAUUCGAAGUCAAGGACAAUGGUACAUCCGCCCACUGCCAUCUCUAUUCGUCGCUGGUCAACAGUGUCCUCUUUACGAGGUACCAUCUCCAAAUUCCAAACGAGCCACUGUAUUUGUUCGUGACUUCCUCUUCGCCUUCAUCUAUCGCCUCUUCUGGUCAUCUGAGCACUCACCACGUCGUCUGAAAAUGGAAGACGUUCGAAAUGCAUUCCCCCACUAUGCGGAAAGUAACAUAAGGAAACGACUGAAAAUGUGUUCCACUUUCACACGUUAUGGUGCUGAAACCUAUUGGCUUCUGAAACCAGAAUUCCGUUUACCAUCAAAAGAAGAGGUUCUAUCCAUGGUGACUCCAGAGAUGUGUUGUGCUCAGUACAGUAUGAUGGCUGCGGAGCAAAGACUCAAAGAUGCAGGGUACGGAGAAAAGUACUUCUUCACACCGGAAAACGAUGAGGGAUCGGAUGAUGAGGUGACCAUCGAAGAUGAGAUCAAAUGCGCUCCAUGGAACACGACUCGCGCUUUCUUGGCGUCACAACGAGAGAAAUGCUUGCUGGAUCAGACUGGAAUUGCAGAUCCGACUGGAUGUGGACAAGGAUUCUCCUACGUGAGAGUGUCUCAGAAACCACAUAAGGAUGAGAAUGCGACACCGGCUCCGAAGAAGUUGGUCACUGGAACUAAUGCAGAUUUGAGAAAGCUGCCUUUGAAAGAAGCGAAGGAGAUCUGUAGGACGUAUGGUGUUAAGGAUGAGGAGAUUAGUGCCCUGACGAGAUGGGAAAUCAUUGAUGUGAUUAGAACACUGUCAACACAAGCGGCGAAAGCAACGAAGGAAGGAGAAACGGUCUCCGGAAUGGCUCGAUUCGCUCGUGGAAACACUCGUUUCAGCUCGGCAGACAUGCAAGAGAAAUAUCGAAAACACUGUCAGCGCACGUUCGACCUUCAAAAUCACACUCUCGCCAACACAGAAGCCAUCUCCACAGACGACGAUUCAACAGACGCCGAUUCUGAUAACGAAGAGUUAGCGUCUCGUCUAGAGUCGAUGCUAGAAGCGAAUAAGGGCAAAAAAGUGAUCUCGAUGUCCGAAAAAGCAAAAAUUGAUUUUGAAACCGAAGAGCGGGAACGAGAGGAUUUGAAACGAAUGAUACAUGGGGAUGCGGUGAAUUCGAAGGGAGCAGAGAAAAAAGAAUCAGAAGCAACGGCUGAGGAGAAGAAGAAUGCGUCGCAAUUCGGAGAAGACGUCGCAAUGUCAGCGUCGAAGAUUAGUGGAAUCACUGCGAAUCAGAAAUUGAAGAUUUUCCGAACAGUGAAAGGACCAGAUGGAAAGGAAACGACACGAGUGGAGAUUGUGACAAGACCACAGUUGAUUGAAGCAUACACAAGAAUUCGGAUGACCAGGGAUGACACCUUCAUUCAGGUUUACGCAAAGAUGGAUGAGCAAUACAAGGAGGAGAAUCGCAAGAAGAAACGACGCCUUCAAGAUCAGGCUCGUCGAAUGAAAAAGAACGAGGAGAAGCAGCAGGCGAAGACACCGAAACAGACGGUUCGAAAGGAGAAGCCACCGAAUCCCAAUCUUCAGAAAAUGAGAUGCAGUGCGUGCCACGCGUAUGGACAUAUGAAGACCAACAGAAACUGCCCGCUAUACGGAAAGGAUCCAUUGACACCGUUGAAGGAGGAAGAUGACGGAAAUUCGUCAUCCGCCAGUAUCUCGGUGCCACCACCACCGCCACCGCCAGUACGACAGGAGAGUCAUGUACAAGUGGACGGCAUGAAAAUGAAGUUCAACAUCAAUUUCGAAGAGCUCCGUCGAGAACAAGCACGCGAAGAAAAGAUCAAGCGGAAGUUGGCGAAGAAGGCAGAAGUCGAUGUUCAAAAGAGACAAAUGGAGUAUUUGACACGUUUCGACACUUCGGAUCCACCACCUGGAAAUGGGGUUCAUUCGUAUGGAGGACACACGGAUAACGAUGAGGAGGACCGAUAUUCACAGGUUUCUGGAACAUCGUCAUUCAGAAAUGGACCAGGAGCGGUCCGCGGUGGUCGUAACUCGUCAGUCUCCAGUGCCCGUCGUCGUCAAUCCAUCAUGCCAGAAGACGACUAUCUCCAAGGACCAAUCAAAGUCAAUAAUCGAAUGCGUGCUGAUCCGAAAGUGGUGUUGUCAACAAUGCUGACGGAUGUUCUGAACGAAUUGAAGUCUCUCGAAGGGUCCGACGCCUUCCUAUUCCCAGUGAAUCCGAAACAAGUCACAGACUACUACAACAUCAUCAAGAAUCCGAUUUCGUUUCAAGAUAUUAAGAAUAAAAUUGCCUCGUAUUCCUAUCAACUGAGAAAGGAAUUCAUCGAGGAUAUACGUCUGAUGCAUGGGAACUCGCGGAUGUACAACGGAGAGAAUCAUGUGUUGACGAUGAAUGCGGCUGAUAUCCUCAAGCGAGCCGGAUUCCUUCUGGCGCUCCGUGAUUCUGAAUUCAUGAAACUCGAAAAACAAAUCAAUCCACUUUUGGACUCGAACGAUGAAGUUGGCUUCUGCUUUGUCCUUGACCAAAUCAUUCAAAAAGUUCGAAACAUCCCAAAAUCGGCGCCGUUCCAUACAAAAGUCGAUGGAAAACGCUUCCCAUCCUACUACGUUCGUAUCCAGAACCCCAUUGAUUUGGGGACGAUUGAACAGAAAAACAAGCGACACGAAUAUCAAUCAAUCGAUGAUUUCCUCAAGGAUAUGCGUUUGAUUCUGGACAAUUCGUUGGCGUUCAAUGGAGAAGCUAGUAUCUAUACUGCCAAGGCUAAAGAGAUUUGGCAACUCACCGAACGGUUGGUACAGGAGAACAUGGAGACGUUGGUUGAGCUGGAGAAGAAUAUCAAUCCGGAAGCGGCGGCGGCGCGACAGGCGGCAACGUCGGAAGCGGAGGUCACGGCGGACGAGGAGACGAUAGAGCAGACGGAUGAGCAUCCGACAGAGGAUGAGGAUGAUGAGUUGGAAGAGGAGAUGGAGGUUGAUACUGGAGACGACGACGGCCAACCAAUGUGGGACGACGACAACUUGGCAGCUGGCCAACUGCUGAAUGAGUUGGCAAUGUCGGAUUCAGAUGAGGAUGAAAGUGCGGAUGCGGUCAGACGGCCAGCCAAUGAUGAUGAUAAUCGACUCGACUCGUUUUAA